AUGAAUGCUUCCGUAUUUUUACAUCAUUUUUGUGAUUUACAUGGACCAACUAUUCUACUUUGUACAGAAACGCAAUAUAUCCAUGAUUGUGAUGAUGAUGAUAUGUUAAAGCUAUUUUAUUCACAAUACAUUAAAGCUGAAAAUUCGAAUACAAAAACCACAUGCAAGUCUUGUACAUUAUCACUUGAUCCUGUCCUUAUUUCAUCGAUUGAUAGAGAACGUCAUCUCUUGUUUAUAUCCGCACCCAGUCCAAAUAAUCAAGAAUUAUAUAAAAUUGGAAGAAAUGCUUGUUUAAGAAGUCUCAACUGUGAGAGAUCGUCUGAUAAUGAUAAAGGUGUUUUAUUUGGUGAUGAUGAAAGUGGCUAUUGUCUGUCCUUUACAUUUUCGAUAAAAGAUUUUCACGCGCGUGGUAAUCAACGUCUCUACUCUCUUUGUUAUUUAACAUCUGAUAAAUAUUACAUCAUUUCUUUAUUGCCAAUUAUUAACGAAUAUGUGAAACUAAUUGCUGGAUGGAUACAAAAUGAUGCUAAUUUGAUGUAUGAAAAAGAGGCAAGAGUUAAAAUAACAACUCCAACGCCAUCAACAACAUCGUCUUCAAGAUAUGGUCAUAUAACAACAUUACCAACAUAUGUUUAUCGAAUGCCACCUCGUACGCCUAUUAGUAAGACACUAUCAGAAAUCACACAUGAUCAACAUAUAGCUUAUAGGAUACAUUCACUCUUUGUAUGGUUAUUACGAUUGACCAAUUCGGCUAUUCAAGAAAAUCUGUUUGAUGCUAUGCCAACUGAAGAAGAUACCACAAGAAUUGAAAGAAAAGGUACAGUAUGA